AUGCCUUCUCUAUCUUACAUACGUUAUCAGCAAUGUCGUGACGGGCACCCAGCAACGUCAACAAUUAUCUCACUUUUAUGGGCUGAACAUGCAGUUCAAACGAUUUAUUAUCUGAAAUAAAGGAGCAAUUUUUGUUAAGGAAGUUGUAUAUUUUAGUCAGUUUUCAACGUCUAGACUUCAUCCGACUUACGCCUGGUGAAAAUCCCAACCGGAAUGCUUAAUAACUUUUAAUACAUUCCUUGGUUACCAUAUACCGGAUACUGAGAAAAGCAUUUUUGGAAUGCUAUCAGACCUAUGUAGAGGCACAGGAGUCGUUCGACAUGGAAAGAUUGAAGUCAUACCAGAUGGGAGGAGUGAAGGGAAUACACCUACAUGUAAGAAAACGACUGGCCCAGCGAGAGCCUGGCCACAAAGGAAUAGACCUAAAAAAGCUCAGCCAAAGACUGGUAAUGGUGUAUUUACGUUCAAACAAAGGUGGAACCUAGCAUAUGCAGGAAAUUGUGAAACUGCGCAAAUCCGUCCACUUGGAAUACCACGGGUUACCUCCGCUACCGUAUCGGUCAAGAAAUCGAAGGCCGUCAACGAUGCCAAAUUCUCCGCGAUGUGGAGUCAUUACAUGUCAACAUCUUCCGAAUCGUCAUCAACUCCGACAUCGGGAGAAUCGCAAUUGUCAUCUUCAUCAUCUGUGAGCUUGGACGAUGUAGAACCAUGGGAGGAUGAAAACGAAGAAUGGGAUUACCACAAUAUCCAAGGACGCAGGUUUUACCUUCCACCCCUACAGCAGCAUGCAUGGGCCAAAGAGGAGCAGGUUUCACCACGGGAGGUCAGGGUUCACAAAACCUACACCACUAGAAAGGGGGCACUGCUUCUCUAUGCUGAGGACCUUGCUCUGACUUCAGAGGAGGGGGCAAAUGUAAAGAAAAGAUCAAUGGAGGCAGAAGAUACCAGUUAUUUCAACUCAAUUAGUGAUCUACGCAAUGCUGUCUUGUCAUAUGGUAGUAGCAUGAAACAGCAAUCUUUCCAGCCAGCAGCAUCACAGGUGAACCCUAGUCAGGAACCAUUCCUUGGCUUCGUCCACAAUAAGCGUUCCCAUGGGCCUUACAAGACAGUCCGUCCAGGAUUCUCAGCCAAGCGAUACCUAGCCAACUGGUCAAGGAGCUGGGAUGAUUCUAUUCUUAACUACCUCCGAAGUGAAGGUCAUAUAUGGGACAAGAAUCUCUUCCAGCAAAAUGUUCUUGCUCCCAACUUGUACAGACGAAUCAACGAUGAUCUCUCUCAUGUUCCCUUGCCAUACCGAGUCACUCGUAAUAUGCUUAUGUCACCGGGUGAAUUUGAAAGUUUAGAAUUUUAUAGGAUACGGCCUGACAGCACAGAUGCUGAUGGUCAUGCAUUAACACUGGAUGAGAUCUAUGACAGAUUGUGGGGCUAUGAUGACGAUGAUGGCUAUGAUGCUGAUAUUGAUGUCACUGAGAAUGGAAGUAAGGCCAAGAAGAAGAAACCUUUCAACUUGCCAGGUUCGAUCGCAAUGAUUGUACGUGACAUGCAGCAGAAACCACAUGCUGUACAGUAUGAACAACUAGAUGAAGGCCAACAGAGACAGGUUCUUCAGAGGCUACUGCUGCAGAGCGCCCUCCAUCAGCAGCAACAUCUCAGAAUGAUCCGAGAAGAGAAUGAAAAGAAGAAAACAGAAACGGAAGAUGGCGAGAAAGAUUCUGCUGAUUCUAGUGGCAAACGUCCAAUGCCACUCCUUUCGGGCCAGCCUAAACAGAGAAGAACAGACACUGACAUGACACUCUAUGGUAGUCCAUCCUUCCAAGUUCCUGAUGCACAAGAUGUUGAUAUGGAACAAGCCAUUGCGAAUCUUAUAACAAGCAACUCAACCAACAUCAUUGGUGGCGCAACGGCAUUCACUGAUCAGACCAUCUUAGACAUGUAUAGGUCAAUGAGAAGCAAGACAAUGAAACCACCGGCACCACCACCUUCAACAUCACCUUCUCAAUGGCCUCACGGUUCUAAGCGAAGAGUCAAGAACAGCAUGUAUCACACCUACCCUUCAAAUUUUGCUGGAAUCCAGCCCCUCCCACCCAUCCAAAACUCAUUUGAAGGGAAUGCAGGUGCUGGUGGAGAUUUCAUGAGGCCAGUCCCUCCACCAAAGCAGGGCACUGGACCCCCUGUCAUCACAAUGGAGCCACCCACACCACAACACCCAAAGCUCAGUGCAAAGAGUAAACUGUCGGUGGGAUGGUCAAGUCAUAGUAAAACACGUUCAAAAAGCAGUACUCAUUCUUCGUCUGAGACAAACAUUUGGAAAGCCGACAUCAAUGAAAAUGACCUUCUCCAAGAAGCUGAGAGAGAAGAGAUUGAAAACGACAGGGCAUCAUCUGACCAAGAAUUAUGGACAAAGAGUCCACGGUCUUCAAACCAGGGGUCCUCAAAGAAGGCUUCUUCUAAAAACAGUGCAGUUAGCAAAGCAAGUAAAGGAUCUGGAGAAAGCAAUGUGGCCCUAUCUAUCAACAGUCACCUGAGCCACAGCAUGGAGAACCUAGCCAGUCCUGUUGAGAAAGCACUCAGCUUCCGUGCUGCGGGUUCUGUACCUACACGUCUACGGGAAAGCAUGCGUUCCUACAAGGGUAGCGGGAAGAGCAGCCAUGGUAGCGUCCUGUUUGGUGAUUCUGAAGGUGACUUACUAAUCACUGGAUCAAAGCAGGGAAGCACCUAUGCCCCCUCCGUCGGCUCCCUAGCUGAUAAGGCAGUUGCAAGCCCUGUUGAGUCCACCCAGGAACCCCCUUCAAUAGCCUCGGUGUCUAUUGAACCUUCUGAAUCCUUGGAGGUUCCUGGAGAACCCACACCUGUUCCUCAGCCAGAUCCUGAGCAAACAAACGAAACAGAAAUCAAUCAAGAAACAUCAGACGUUGGCUCAACCGACAAUGUAGCUGGGUCUCCUGAUGAAGACGAAGCACAUUCUAAUAUAACUGUCCCUGCCUCUCUGCCCUCUGUUUCUUCCUCUCAAGAUGUUGUUACUAAUGCAAGCUUUGAUUCAAGUGACGAUGAGAGCAUCUUUGUCCGUACUAUUGGAGCGAUUGCUCCUACCUUUAGCAGCCUCGACCAGGAUGUUGAUCAGGAACACGAUUACAACAUUGAAGUAAUCGCUGAAGAGCAAGAUGGCAAUGAAGGUGAUGGUAGGGGAAACAGCCGUGUCAAAAAAGUUUCAUUCGGUGAGACAAAAAGUAAAGAAUUUACUCGGAAUCAAAGCAGCGCAGGGAACCUUGAAGAAAUGGAUCACGAUGACAAAUGCAAUUACCAUGUAUUUGUCAGCGAAGAAGCUGUGCAGGUCCGAGAAACUGUAAAAGAUGUCAGGGAAAAUGACAAUAAAGGGAGACAAAACGAUGACAUGAACAUUGGAAGCGAUAUGGAAGGCUCUGUUCUUGGUGAUGCUGUUAUUGAAGAUGAGAGCGACCUUGAUCAGCAGAGCAACAGAGUGGUAUCCACUGAUGGUGAUGAAGAUGCUCCUUUUGCUAUCGAUGUUGAGGUCACCUACAUCCCUGCUUCAAUUGAGAAUGCCCUUGAUAGUGUCCUAGGGGAUGUCAUUGAGAGUGUCUUUAAGGACUCUCUUGAAACCAUUGUCAUUGACUUUGUCAUUGAGGGUAUCAUUGACAUUAUCAUAGAAGAUGGCAUUGACCAUAUCAUUGAGACUGAUAUGGGUGAAGAUGAUGAUAGCAAAGCUGAUCUGGAAGACAGUGCUAAUCAACUUCAGUCAGGUCUGGGUUUGUCCAUGACGGUCUUCAGCUACAAGCAACCAAAACCAGAGGACUACCUCAAGAAGUGGAAAAGAAAAUGGAAGCGCUCACUCAAAGAAAAGGCUGGAUCUCUGCAGGCAACAGACCCAAGAAGGAAAAAUGAAUUUCCAUCUGAGGCUGAUGGAGAUGAGACAAAGACUGUUGAUAGGUCAGUCAAACUGGGUCAAGGGGUCAUUGACCUUCCUAUGUCUGAACCUGUUGAGUCCAGCCGUGAUAAGAUGUCUGAUACUAGACGGAGCGUGACCUAUUCCAAGAAAUCCUCCUCUACACAAGGUUCCAUCAAAGCAGACUCUGUGCAUUCUGGGAAAGGGGAUCUCGAUGUUACACAGUCCUUCCAAAAUUUCAGCUAUACCUGGAAGGGAAAGGGAAGCCGGAGGGCCAGCAAAACAUCAAGAGAUGAUGAUACUAUUGGUGAAUUAUCUGAUGAUGAAAAGGAAGACAAUUGGCCCGGUCAACCUGACCGGUCCAAGCCUGACAGUGUAAAGGGUGAAGGAGAUGAUCAGCAGGCAGAUAUAUCAUCCAAGAGAGGAGGCUCCGUAGCCGGGUCAGAGAGUGAAGUAGAAAUAGAAGUAGACUUAGUUGAUGAUGAAAACAAAGAUAAUGAAGGAGAAGCAGGGGAAGAUGGCGACAUCAAAUCAGGAAGUGGGAUGUCCUCUCUUCUGGAAGCUCCUGUGUCUGUUGCAGGAAGCGUCAGGUCACGACCCAGGACGGUUGAAGCUCAGCUAGAACAGCUGGUAGAAGCAGCAUCAGUGGUAGUAGAUGAGAUUAUGCAGAGACCAAAGUCUGGACGGGAUCUGGCUGAAGAUGCUAUGAUGGCAGCAGAAAUCUGGUCAGGCAAACUUGGCGAGCUUUUCACAGAAGAGGAUACUUACCCAGAGCGUGUUCGGUCAGCCCCAUACAGGCGUCGCCGGAAUUCCCUCGACAAUGAAUCUGAUACCUCGUCCAUGCUGGAGGAAAAAGUCGAGCCGUAUGAGAGAACCACGCCGAUGUCCUCCAGACGUACCAGGAAAAUCAGACGAAUACACUCGGCAGAGGCUGCAGUCACUCUUCUCCGUCAUCUUCUGAAAGCUUCAGAUCCUGACACGCUAGAUACCCUGUCUGAUGCUGAUUUAGAAAGUCUUAUAUCCCGUGUAGCAGAAGAAAACAUCAAUGUGAAGAUUGGUGAAGAGGUUUCAGAAAUGAUUGAAAAUCAAGAUAACCUCAAUCACCAAGACAUUGUUGUCGUAGAGGACAUCAGCGAAAGGAAGAUCAUUAUUGAGUCUAUUGCAUCUACCACCGACUACGGUGGCGACACAGAGGAAGAUGAAGAAGAUGAAAUAAAGACAGUUUCAGAAAAGGAGUUUACGGUGAGGAGCCGGGCGUCAGUGAUGGAGGAAGAGGCAGCCAAGGAGACCAUUGAUGAUGGUGUCAAGUCAGCAUUGGCGGUACUUACCCCGAAGCCACCGGCAUCAGCAGCUUCAAAGGCAUCAUCUAGGGUACCGUCUGGGGCACCAUCUGGGACACCAUCAAAGGUGUCAUCUAAAGCACCAUCAGUAGUUGUAGAUUCUCCAAAAGGUGAGGUAACCGAAGUGAAGGCAGUGCCGCCUGCACCGUCGAGUGCACCGCCCAAGGCACCUUCUCCUCAGCCACAACCGCAGGUGGAAUUGAGUAUAGGGGCAGAACCAGUCAAGGUGCCGGUUGUGAAAGAGAAAGAGAGUAAAAGGAGAAAGAGUUCUAAAUCUGCUGAUAGUAAGAAAGGAGAUGCUACUGGAGAUGGUGCACAAGAGAAUGGUCCCUUGGGUUUUGGUGUCACUAAUCUUGGUGUGGCAGAGAAGAAAGAUACGGAGAAGUCUACUCUGGUUGUAAGAGCUCCUCCAGAACCAGAGAAACCAGCAGAUGACUCUGAUGCCAAGCUGAAUGACGAACUUGCCAAAAUAGUCCAGGAGACAGGACUCCUGGAUCAGAGUAGUUCCAAGUCCAAGAAGGGAAGCAUGAGUACCAAGACCAGUACCAAGAGUAACAAGAGCUCCAAGAGUUCCAAGAGUUCUAAGAGUAAGAAGUCUAAGGAUGCAGAAGAGGAUGACAAGGAUGCAUUCAUUGUUGGUGUGCCUAAGGAGAGUAAGACUGACAUCCUUCUGUACAAGCCUAUGACUCCAGAGCCUCCAAAGGAACAACCAAAGCCUCCACCAAAGGAGAAGAAAAAGAUUCAGAAAAAGACCAAGAAACCAGCUGCUAAGCAAGAGAAGCCCAAGAAAACAAAGAAACCUGCCAAAGAUGAAACAAAGAGUCCCAAUACUGACAAAAUUGAAGACGAGGAGGCCAAACUGAAAGCAGAGAAGGAGAAGCAAGAAGAAGAAGAGAGAAAGAAGAAGGAAGAAGAGGAUAAAGCUGCAAAGGAGGCAGCGGAGAAGAAUGAAGAUGAAGCUGAAGAGGAGGAGGAAGAGGAUGAGGGGAGGGCAUCACCAGAGUCUCCAGAGUUUAUCUUCGUCCAGGAUGAAUUCUCUGAUUCAGAAGAAGAGGAAAAGCCUGUGUCACUUCCUCCUGAACUACCCGUUGAUGAAAUUAAGUUGGAGCCCUCAGUGUCUGCUGCCCCCAGCGAAGAUUACUCCGAGAUGACAGAUUUUACAGAGGAUUCGACCAGUCAAGGACCAAACAGUAUCUCUCGUUCUCAAGCCAAGGCUUUCAAACGAGCAGCUGAGGCUGAGAAGAGGAAAGCAGCUGUGGAGAAGAAGAGACGAGAGAGGGAAGAGGCUAAGAAGAGAGCCCAAGAUGAAGCAGAGAGAGCAGAAAGGAUCAAGUUGGAAUAUGAAGAGGAGAAAAGAAGGAAAGAGGCAGAAGCACUGGAGAGAGCUGCCAAGGCAGCAGAAGAAAGAGAGAGGUUGGCUCGCCAGGAAGAAGAACGGAAACGACAAGCCGCCAUAGCAGCAGAGAGAGAGCGUCGUCAACAAGCAGAGUAUAAACGCAAGAUGGAGGAAAUGGCUCGAAAGAAACGUGAAGAGGACAUGAAAAGAAAAGCCGAAGAAGAACAGCGAAGGAAAGAAGAGGAAGAGCGGAAGCGUAUCGAGGCUGAGAUGCUAGCAGCGAUGGAGGAAGCCGAGCGUCUUGAGUUUGAGAAGCGCCGAAAGGCUGAAGAACUUGAGGCAGCCAGGAUUGCUGAGGAGGAACGCAUCAAACGCGAGAUCGAGGAAAAGAUCGCAGAGGAGAAGGCACGGCUGCUGGCCAUAGAGCUUGCUAAGAGACAGAAGGAGGUUGAAGCCAGGCUGGCGUUUAACAAGGAGCUGCACUCAGAAGCUAAUGUCUUUGCUCAUUCUCAGGAUAUGACCAGGGCGUUCACCUGGUCUUACUUUGAGCUUCUGGAACACCUUGGGAUAGAGAUCCCAGAUUCACUCAAAGAGCAUUACAAGGAGAUAGCAGAGAGUAAAGAUGAUGGGUAAAGGGAUAUGCAAAGCUUCUAGAAAUCAUUGACAUUUUUAUUUAUGCAGGGUUCCUUUUACUUUCAUUACGGUAAGAAUAAUCAGAGGAGCAUACAAAUCACGAGAAUAUCGCUAACUGGAGAGCAGUCAGUGGAUGUGUCACAACCUAGUUACGGAAUUGCCAAUUUGAGAUUCACUCACCCCUACGGAUCUCAUAUCUUACCCAUGAUUCAUUUUAUGGUGGGUUUUCACCACCAGCUGCCUCAUGUAAUUUUCUGCUUUCUUCCCAAGUUGGGUAAAACUAAGAUAAUGCACAUUUAAGCUUAUGAUUUUCAUAGACUUCCUCCAACAUAUAUGAAGUUAUUUUUGCAGUUUUUGUUUUUCGAAGAGAUAACUGUUUGUACAAAAUUUUGCAUUCAGUAGCUUGAAAUUCAACAAGAAUGUGGUAUAGGAUGUAUUACAGGGCACCAGCUCAGGUGAGAUUUCCAAUUCUGCCUAUAGUAGAGUAAUGAGUUAGUGUUUCUCUCAAGAAGUAGGAGGGGUGAAGAUGUGUCUCUGUGUUUUUGCAUACAUGUACUUAAACACCGCUUUUUCCUGACAAGCAUAAAUGUAAAGUAUCAAAGUGAUGAUUUCACAGUCUUUCACAACCUAACUAUGGUUUCAAACGAUCCUGACACCAUACAUGUAUCCAUAAUUUAGGGCCAGUGGCUAGUAUUCAUGUCACCAUAGCCACCCAUUAUAGCAGAUAUACAGACUACUUGAAACUGUUUACCAUUGGUUGUCAUGGUGAUGAUUGACUGUGACAUCACACCCCUUUACUUCAUGGCAUGGUUGAUGCCAAAAUUUCCACUCAGACAUUCCAAGUAACUACCAUUAUUGCCUUAUAAAAAGCAACACAAAAAUAUUAGACUUUUUUAUUCAGGUUUCUGUUUCAACGAUUCACUUUCAAUGACUUUUUAAGGUGUUGAUCACCGCUAAAAGUACAGCAUUUUUUUUGUUGAACAAAUAUUUUGCUACGAGAGUAUGCACGUCAGUGCUUGGUACAUAGGGGUAUUUAAUUUUAACAAACAAAAGCGUCUUUGUUGAUUUUAUAUUUUGAUAUCUGAAAUAAUGGAAUGCAAAUGAUUGGUUAUUUGUUUGACACAAUUAUCAUUGUUUAUGCCAUUAUUAAUAACUCUUUGCAUGUAGGGUUAAAUAUUUGCCACACAUGUAUUGCUUUCUCUGAUCUACAGUGGGUUGUAUAUUUAUGACCAUAAAGAUUAAAAGAUUUUGAGUAUUUUCUCAGUUUCAUUUGCUGGUGUUUUAGGUAGGGGUUGGGGAGCAAAAACAGAAACAUUUCACGAGAUAUAGUUAGUUUAUGUUGCUUCAUAUUCAAGUGUUAGGUGUACUCGUAUCUAAAAAAAAUGGGAGAAUGAGCUUACAUAUAGAUUUAUUUCAAUGACUAGAUAUGUCAAGAUGCUGUCCAAAUAUCAGUUCUCUAGCUCAAGAAAUAAAGCAACCAUGUCAAAGGUAACAUUAAUCCAUUUGUUACAGUUGAGAAGGAAGCCAUGUUUACUUUCCUAAACAUUUCAUUUCUCAGAUUCUAGGUUAGUUGCUCCAGCAGUAUAAAGCAUGGUAUAUAUUAUUGUGUCAAAACCUCGGUACAAUUUUCAAUAUGUUUUCAGCUCUGACGAUUUUUGUGAAAUCUUUGAUUUUGAUUGGUUGAGAAGUUUAUUCAGAGAGAAUGAAAACUCAGGCUUCAUCAAAUGGUGUCCAAUACUUUAUGUAGCAUUCCUAAACAUGUGAAGAGACUUCUUGAUGAACAAUGAUUUUUUAGACAUUCCUCUUGAACGUUCAAAUUAUAAUCUGUAUGUAUAUAUUCUGAUCAUUUACAAGGGCUGUAUGAUAUUUCAUAAUAGGGCAUUCAGUUAUCACCAGCUACAAUGUAAAAAUAUUACUUUAAAUUUACCUAUUUAAAGAAGAUGGGAGGAAAUUUUGUCUGUUCUUUACAUAUCAUUAACCUAUUUCUGUAUUCAUAGAAAUAUCAAGGUAUAUCAUGCAGCCCUAUAAAGUGAACACAAUAUCAAUAUUUUUUAUGUUGAUUAUAUAAUUGAAUGUAAAUAUAUAUCAUAUUCAUAUCUUAUUGAAUGCAGGAAGAUCCUUUACAUGAAGUAUUUGUCUUUGUUUUGGGUUGGGCUAUUUCUAUGCAGUUAAGUAUUUAGAAUCUAUGCAGCAAAAUAUAUACAAUGUACAUUACGACUUCAAAACUCUUUUUAACUGUUGAUAAUAGAUUCUGAGGAACUAUAUAUAUUUUUCAUUACGAAAAUAGGAAGUCAUAAAAAUAUAUCCUAGAGCUUUCAUAAUAUAAAAUGCCUUAAAUUUAUAUUAUUUUCAGUCUGUUUUUGCUUUGUAGGAUGGUAGAGUACACUACUUCUCAAAUAUAGCAGCGAGACUGGACCUUGUAUGUCAACAAUGUUAAAUUAUUUGUGAUGUUGAUGACUGAAAAAUCUAAGUGAUGUCCAUUCUAAAUCCGAAUGUUCAAUCUAAAAAAAAAAGGAAACGGAUACCAACAUGAUCAUCUUUGAGAUAAGAUAGUGUUUUGGCAUCCAUGUUUUUUUUUUACUCUUCUGAACAUGAAUGCUUUGUGAGAUACAAGGAUAUGUUGCCCUGGUAGUAUUGUAUAAUUCUAGACUAAUAAUGUAAACUCAAUGUGAAUAGUGCAACUUGUAGUUAGAAUGAUUGUGCAAUAUGAAUUACUGUUUAAUAGGGAUUCAAAAUUAGAAUCUGAUCUUUAAAUUUAAUCUGGACAUAAUAUGAUUCCUAAGUAAGCGUAAGUGCUCUAUAGGCAAGUUUAUUUAUCAUUUAUCAUAAAAUACAGUUGGAGAAUAGAUACCAUGUAUUUGUGAAGACUAUAUAUGUAUUCCACUUAUGCCUUGAUUGAAGUGUGUCUUAUUCACAGGUUACUAGUAUUCAGAUGAUUAUAUUCUUUUUUAUUUUAAGGAUUGGUGUUUAUUUUGGUGAUGUUAGGCCAUCUAUAAUGCACAAAGGUCAAAUGAAUGUUUCUUUUUUUUACUUUCAUAGCAAUUCUUAUAAAAUAAAAUAUCAUAGGAAGUAUUAUAUUCAUGCAGUUCCCCUAGAAUUUUUUCAAGUUUUGGAAAAGUGAAGUAAUAGUAAUGGAUCAGAUGUUGAUUCUAAUUCCUAUCAUAUAUGAGGUUAUGUAAAUAGAUGUUUUUAUUCUUAUUUCAAAUAUUGUGUAUUUUUUUGUUUUUAUUACGACUUCAUACAACUUUUUCCCCCAUUGUUUUUUAGCAAUUGUGCAGUGCAGAUACAUUGUUGUCCACAUCACCAGAAUGACACCAAUCCUAAGUCUGCGCUUUCUUUAGAAGUUCUAUCCGUCCUUUUCAAAUGAUGAAAGUGUGUAUAGAAAUAAAUCAAAUAUUAUCCUA